UCAGUCGAAGUCUUAAAGUACGACAGUAAGGAACCGUGAGAGACGUAAAAAAUGUUCACAGUUCUCAUGUUAUUAACCGCGACCGCCGCCGCGUUAAACGCUGCGGAGCCGCAGUGCUCAAGAUUUCAUUAUGAAGAACAAACUCUCGCUAAAGUUAUAAAACUAGAAAUCCUUGUGCAGAAAAUGAAAGAGGAUCUAGAUUCAACUCAAAGGCAAGUACUAGACAAAAUGCUGGAAUUAGAAAAUGACAAGGAAAAAAUGAAGGUUGAAUUAGACACUGAAAUGGAAACUAUAAAAACUGAGUUCAAGCAAGUGAAAGAAAAGAGCGAAGCAGACUUGAGUAGACUCACCGAAGAGGUUAAGAAGACAACAGAUGCAGCUAUAAAACCCCCAACUGCUGCUUUUCUUGCCAAGGAACUGACUAAUAUAACACCAAAAUCUGGGGAAGUCUUGGUGUUCAAAACAAGCAUGCUGAAUGAAGGACAUGGCUAUGACAACACUUCCGGCAUCUUCACCGCGCCAACGGAAGGGGUGUAUCUGUUUACCAUCCAGCUUUGUGUCAGUCCGAAAUCGGUACCUCAGUAUAUUAUUGUAGCAGACGACAAAUACCUAAAACGAGGCUAUUUCUACGACAAGGAGAACGACAGCUGUCACACAGCGGACGCAGUUGCUAUCCUAAAACCUAAAAGUCGUGUUUGGGUUACAACUUCUACUAAUCAACCUUUGCAACAAGGUGGCUAUUACUGGAAUACAUUCAGUGGGGUACUUUUAUAAACAUAUAUCUCACAUAAUAAAUAGCAUACUGCAAGUGUUGCUUUGGCACACUUUAUUACUACAAAGAUAUUAAAAUCAACCUAUAGACUACAUUUAGACAAACAAUUUUCUUCUUUUCUUCUUUCUUUGGAGAAUACGCAAUGUGAAAACGAUUGCUUAUUCAUUUACCGUCAACAACAGUAAAAUUGUAAAAGAACAUCUAUUUAGGAAAGAGUUUAUAGUGCGUAAUCAUAGAAGCAUAGUUGAGAGUUCUGCUGUUUCAUCACAUGACCCAUGUUCACAAGACUAUACUAAGGGGAAGAUAAACGUAUCGGUUACAACAAAAUUUUUACUUCGUAAUUACGUUUGUUCUUUUACGUAUGUGUGAUAGUUUUUGACUGUUUCACUCAAACACAUUGAAUGUCCUAAAUAGAAAAAGACAUAUUCAUUUAUAAAUGUUUAUAUGUGGCACGUUGGAUCAUUUAACCCUCAAAGUAAUUAAGCAUUUGAGAAUAUGCAUUUGUACUCUACAGUCAUUACCGAGUUAUCAUUUAGUUAAGACAUUUAAAUUCAGUUUAACUUGAAACUGGAAGCAGCAAAGGUUUUUAAGAAAACAUGCCAAAUAUGUGUGGACAACCCGCCUUACAUAUGAACCAAUGUGAAGGCCACAAUAAACAAGAGUUGUUUGUAAAACGUGUAAGCCUCUCAUAAUUGUCUGUCCCCUUUUCUGUCCCGAGAUCACCAAGACCUUGCCUCUUGACCUACUGAUCCCCAACACAAUUACCGUCAUCGCUGACCUCAGGCAAUCAUCUUAUGAAGUUUGUGGUCUGUAGGCAAACGCGUUCUUUAAUUAUUGAGCAGAAAUAGUUUUCAGUCUCAGUGUCACUGUGACCUUGACCUUUGACACCAAAACAACAGAGAUCAUCUACUGAACCCAGGCAAUCACCUUAUGAAAUUUGAAGAUAUUAGGUCAAAGACUUCUUAAGUUAAUUAGCGGAAAUCAUUUUCAGUUUCGGGGUCACAGUGACCUUGACCUUUGAUCUAUAUAUCCUGAAAACAAGAGGGGUCAUCUACUGACCACAAGCAAUCAUCCUAUGGAAAGUGACGUCUGUAUGCCAAAGUUUUUGAUUAGAAACCCUUUUCAGUCUAAAGGUCUUUGCGGCCUUGACCUUCUGACCACCAAAACCAAGUGGUCAUCUUAAGCUCAGGUAAUGUUUUUCCAACAAUAAAACAUUAAUUUUAAGCCCAGGUGUCCUAGUAAUGCUAGGUAGAAAAUAGUAGAAAAUGUAUUUUUCGAGAGAGAAUAAAGCUUUUCCAUCCCGAAUGCCCCACUUUUUGAAUCAAGAUAAUGCAGUUUCAAAUUCGAGUAGAUAUUUUAAAGACAAUCAUUCUGACCUAAUUUUAUCUGAAUGGUGAGAAAAUGCAUCCACUUGAAGAUGCAAAAAGCUUUGGACUGAAUGACCAAGACGCAACUUGACAUUCUGAUCACAUUUAUAUUUUAAGUAGUUGAGAAGUUUUCUCCCUAUCAUCUGACAGAGUUCCUUGUGUUUACCUAAAAUGACCCAGUUUGGAACCUAAGUCAUAUAAUCAGACAAACUUAGUGAAUACAUUUCAUGUUAAUCAGACAGAAAUUAUGACUUUCAAUGAUUUUACCAAGUGAUCUAGGUUUUGAUCCAAGAUGACAUAGUUGUGAACUAGACUUA